ACGCUUGUCGCGAAACAGAAAACAGGCAAACCACACACCCAGGACGGUGGACGGACACCCGCGCCGCCGCCGCCAUGGCCGACGCCGCCGCAGCAGCAGCACGGCGCCUCCGCGCCUUCAAGCGGUGGAUGCGCGCGCACGGCGUCGUCUGCAGCGACGCGCUCAGCCUCGACGUCUCCGAUCCCCUCGGCGUCCACGUGCGCGCGGCCACGCCGCUACGCGACGGAGACCUUGUCGCCACCAUCCCGCGCGGAGCGUGCCUCACCCCGCGCACCACCGGUGCCGCGGCAGCCAUCGAGGCAGCCGAGCUCGGCGGAUGCCUCGCGCUCACGGUCGCCGUCAUGUACGAGCGCGCACAAGGCGCCGACUCGCCGUGGGACGCCUACCUCCAACUGCUUCCCGACUGCGAGUCCGUGCCGCUCGUGUGGCCCGCUGGCGAGGCAGAGUGCCUACUCGCCGGCACUGAGCUAGACAAGAUUGUGAAGCAAGACAAGGAAUUCCUUUGUGAGGAUUGGAAAGAAUGCAUCGAGCCCCUCAUGUUAUCUGGAGAGCUGGAUGUUGACCCAGAUGAUUUUAGCUUGGAGAAAUAUUUAUCUGCAAAAACUCUUGUUUCUUCAAGGUCCUUCCAGAUAGAUAGCUAUCAUGGAUCUGGAAUGGUUCCAUUGGCUGACCUUUUCAAUCACAAGACUGAUUGUGAACACGUGCAUUUCACGUCUGCAUCAGAUGCCUCAGACUCAGAUGGUGAAGAAGAAGAAGAUGAUCGAAGUGAUGCUUCUGCUGAUGACAAACCGACUACAAAAAAUCCCACAAGUAGUCCUCCAGGUUCGAGAGCUAACGACGAAGAUUUGGAAAUAAUCAUUGUUAGAGAUGUCAAUGAAGGGGAGGAGGUGUAUAAUACAUAUGGAACGAUGGGGAAUGCUGCUUUGCUUCACAGAUAUGGUUUCACAGAACUUGACAAUCAAUACGACAUUGUCAACAUUGAUUUAGCAUUGGUUACUAAGUGGUGCACAUCCAUAUUCUCCGGUCGACAUACAAGAGCAAGGGUAUCACUAUGGCGUAAUCUGGGUUAUUCUGGGUGCACUAGCCAAGAUACCGAGUACUUUGAGAUUGCAUAUGAUGGAGAGCCCCAGCUUGAACUCUCAAUCCUCCUUUACAUCAUCAACAUGAAACCUGAUGUUUAUGACAAGCUGAUCUGCGUGGCCCAUGGUUUCGUUAGUGACGAAGAGCAUGAGACUAUCUGUAACGUGUUCAAGUUUGUCAAAGCAACAAGCUCCAACCAAAAUUCUGAAGUCAAUGGCCUCGAGAAACUGCCUGAUGUGAAGAAGUUAUUGCAUAGUGAGAGCGUUUGUUCGGCGCUUCUAUCACUCGCUGACAUGAGGGAAAGCCUCUAUGGUUCGAACACUUUGGAAGAUGACGAGGAAGAGCUUCACGCAUGCUGCGUUGUCAACGAAAGGAAGCUCUACCAUUCUCUGGUUUUGCGGGUGAGUGAGAGAAGGAUACUUCGUAGAUUGAGGGAGUUUGCCUCUAGUGGGUCAAAGGGCCGGAAGAGGAAGCACCCCUAGUGUUUAAGCAAUAUUCUGCGGGUCAGGCUUGGUAUUCCUGAACACCAUGCUCAAUAAAGGUAUGGUGACGUUCUGCAAUUCUGCUGCUCUUGUAAUGGAAUACUAACAUUUUUAGGAACAAUAACUACAUACAGGCAUGCUUUGUUUUCUUUAAGUAGAUUAGAUACUUGAGAUUUACGACGUGGGGGACAUUAUGUGUUGGUUUGCGUGGUAACAAACAUUUGGAC